AUGGACACAAGGUUAGGCUCUUUAGAUUUAAGCAAACCAACCAGCAACGACGUCGUUUCAUGCGCUAAAGCAAAUAGUACAUGCUCCAUCCAGCCGUCGAUUCCAUCAACACCGUUUUCCCCCGCCGACGCUACGCUAGGCCGCCACCUCGCACGGAGGCUAGUCCAAGUCGGCGUCACCGAUGUUUUCUCCGUUCCCGGUGACUUCAACCUCACGCUUCUCGAUCACCUCAUUGAUGAACCGGGGCUUAACUUAAUCGGUUGCUGUAACGAGCUCAAUGCGGGGUAUGCUGCCGACGGUUACGCUCGAUCACGCGGCGUCGGGGCUUGUGUUGUUACUUUCACUGUUGGUGGACUUAGUGUUCUUAAUGCUAUAGCUGGAGCUUAUAGUGAGAAUUUGCCGCUUAUUUGUAUAGUUGGUGGACCUAAUUCUAAUGAUUAUGGAAGUAACCGGAUUCUUCAUCAUACCAUUGGGUUACCUGAUUUUACUCAAGAGUUAAGGUGUUUUCAAACGGUUACUUGCUUUCAGGCUGUGGUGAAUAAUUUGGAAGAUGCUCAUGAGUUGAUUGAUACAGCAAUCUCAACUGCACUGAAAGAGAGUAAGCCUGUUUAUAUAAGCAUUGGAUGUAACCUGCCUGCAAUUCCUCACCCAACUUUCAGUCGUGACCCUGUCCCUUUUUCACUCGCUCCCAGAUUGACUAACCAGAUUGGGUUGGAAGCAGCAGUUGAGGCAGCAGCAGAGUUUCUAAACAAAGCAGUGAAACCAGUACUAGUUGGUGGUCCUAACCUGAGGGUGGCAAAAGCAUCUGAUGCCUUUGUUGAACUAGCUGAUGCGAGUGGUUACGCGCUAGCCGUGAUGCCAUCGGCUAAAGGGAUGGUUCCGGAGCACCAUCCUCAUUUCAUUGGUACUUAUUGGGGUGCUGUGAGUACUGCAUUCUGUGCUGAGAUUGUUGAAUCAGCUGAUGCAUACGUGUUUGCUGGUCCCAUUUUUAAUGACUAUAGUUCGGUCGGGUACUCACUUCUUCUCAAGAAAGAGAAGGCGAUUAUUGUGCAGCCCGAUCGGGUUGUGAUUGCUAACGGACCUGCAUUUGGAUGUGUAUUGAUGAAUGAUUUCCUUAAGGCACUAGCAAAGCGUCUGAAACACAACAAUGCGGCAUAUGAAAAUUACCAUAGGAUAUUUGUCCCAGAUGGAAAACCUUUGAAGUCUGCACCAAAAGAACCUUUGAGAGUUAAUGUUAUGUUCCAACAUAUACAAAAGAUGCUGUCUGGUGAAACUGCUGUAAUUGCUGAGACAGGGGACUCAUGGUUUAACUGCCAAAAGUUGAAAUUGCCUGAGGGAUGUGGGUAUGAGUUUCAAAUGCAAUAUGGCUCAAUUGGAUGGUCUGUUGGUGCAACUCUUGGCUAUGCACAAGCGGUACCCGAGAAGCGAGUUAUUGCUUGCAUCGGCGAUGGAAGCUUCCAGGUAACAGCACAGGAUGUAUCAACAAUGCUGCGAUGUGGUCAGAAAACCAUAAUCUUUCUGAUAAACAACGGCGGAUACACUAUUGAGGUAGAAAUUCAUGAUGGGCCAUACAAUGUUAUCAAGAACUGGAACUACACUGGAUUGGUUGAUGCAAUUCACAAUGGUGAAGGAAAAUGUUGGACUACCAAGGUAUUCUGUGAAGAGGAGCUAGUAGAAGCAAUUGCCACAGCAACAGGACCAAAGAAAGACAGCUUAUGUUUCAUAGAAGUGAUUGUUCACAAGGAUGACACAAGCAAGGAAUUGCUUGAGUGGGGCUCAAGGGUCUCUGCUGCCAAUAGCCGUCCCCCAAAUCCUCAGUAA